AUGCACAAGAUGUUGUCUACUGUUAGAGUUCGGCCUGAGUCACACUUAUAUUUAAGGCUUUUCAAAUAUCUCUGUAGUUUCUGAUGUGCAUUAUAGAGAUCAGAAACCGAUUUUUAUGGGAAAAUACUUGUAAUGCGGUUGGGGGUUUUUCGUCGAACAUACAUGAAUUUUUGAGAGAAGCAUGUUCGCUCUGAAGCUUUGAAAUUCUUCCUAUGCAUGUUGCUACUAUCGAUAGUCAAUAAUUCAGACGUUAUGAGCAGCAUAUGCUGUUUCACCCGUGUACCGGCUCUUGACAUCAGCAAUAUAUUGUCGGUCUAGAUUAUCAUCAUUUUUUAUCGCUCUUCGUUCCUACGUAACAGACCGCAUGUUUAUUUGUUAUUUUGCAGAAUAAAAUGAAGUCUUUUGUCUGUUAAAACUAUCAAGGUUACUCUGUGAUUUUAAUUAUAUCGAUCUAAAAAGCGUAAGAUAGGACUGAAUAACAACCGAACUACAUGUUGUUUGCAAAACGUGUGAGAGAAAAGAAAAAACUAACAGAAGGACGAGAGAAAAGAAUGACAAAAAAAAACACGAGACAGAUGUACAGAAACAAAGAUUGCGAGCAAAUAUUUCACCAUAUAAAGAAAUAUAUAAUAGCAACUCUUACACAAACUACAUACUGAAUCAUCAUGACCUCGAAAUUAUUUUUUCGUACACUGCCUGCAUCUAUAUAAAAACGACAACAUACCAACAUUUUGAAAGCGUUACUUAGAAUACAGCUACGUACUGCUAGUAAAAUAUUAAACGUUAACGUUUUUGCAACUGCCAUAUACACGUUUGGUAAGUCUUUUCAAGAAAAAUACCACUAUUUUUAAGCUGAUGCUAAUCAUGUUACGAAGAUCAUUCAUUAAUUAGACACUUGUACAGACUCAACCCGAAACGUGUGAAUCAAAAAAUAAGGUUUUGCUCAGAAUUUUAAAUAAAAGUAGGCAGAUAGCAUGUAACGAAUUAGAGAAAAAAUCAAAUAGUGUUAGGUUCGUCGCCAGUCUCUCUCUAUCUUAUGCUACUCUGUCGAUCUUAUUUAUAUUUUUAGUAUGAUCUCCUUUAUUUUACUUAUUAAAACCAUCUUUUAAGAAUCAUCUCAGCAGAAAGAAAAUGUACACGAAUAGACGCGUCCUAUUAUGUUUUUAACUAGCUUUCUUGUAGGUAUGCACCAGUUCCAGUUUUUAACUGUAAGACAUGGAACUGGGAGAACUGAAACUGUUGAGAACUGGGGCUGUGGAUUUUUCAAAAACAAUUUUCUAUCUAAUUAAAUCGAAAGACACAUCUCUAAAUGCAGUUUUUCACGCUGACCACGAAAAUCAAUUUUAAAAUUUAUAAAAAUUAAAACUUCAAUGUAAAAAUUUAAAUUUUAAGAUUUAAAAUUUUGUAAUUUAAAUUUUCUCAACUAGACAUUUUCUUGAAAAAAAUUGAAAGCUAUGCUUGUUAUGAUCUGCCAUUCCUCGCAGCUCAUAAGACUUCUUCAUUCUUGCGUAAUUCUGUUAUUGCGCAACACUUGUGUCAUCUUGUGGUUUUCCUAACUCUUUCUGUUAUUGCGCAAUUCCUGCGCAACUCUUACAUAACUCUUGUUCAACUUGUGUACUAUAUAUAGUCGUUCACUUUCUUAAAUAAAUAUGGGAGUAAGAGUUGAUUCUCACUAAAGCUUCACUUCUACGAUUAGAGUUAGCCCCUAGAGGAUCCAUAUCCUCACAAUGCUGAGCGAUAGAGCAUUCAAUUCUCUACAAAAUGGCUUAUUUUUUUUCAAACUUCCGAUGCUUAGAACAGAUUUUAGAGCCAAAAGAGUUUUCUGGAAAUCAGUUUUUUUUUGAAAUAUUUGGAACGAAUUCAAAAGAAAUUUUAAAUUUUAUUAAUAGUCAAAGAAAUUCUAAAUUCUGUUGAUAGAAUUUUAAUUUUUAAUUGAAAAAAGAACUGGUUUUCCAGAAAACUCUUUUGACUCUAAAAUGUGUUCUAAGCAUCGGAAGUUUGAAAAAAAUAAGCCAUUUUGUAGAGAAUUGAAUGCUCUAUCGAUCAGCAUAGCUUUAAAGUUUUUUCAAGAAAAUAUCUAGGUGAGGAAAUUUAAAUUACAAAAUUUUAAAUCUUAAAAUUUAAAUUUUUACAUUGAAGUUUUAAUUUUUAUAAAUUUUAAAAUUGAUUUUCGUGGUCAGCGUGAAAAGUGCAUCUACAGAUGCGUCUUUCGAUUUAAUCAGGUAGAAAAUUGUUUUUGAAAAAUUCACAGCCCCAGUUCUUAACAGUUCCAGUUAACUAGGAACUGAAACUGGAGCAUACCUACUCCUUCGUACGACUUAAAAAUUCACUCGUGUUAUAUCAUAAAAAACAUCGCUAAAUAAUACAAGAAAGAAAAGAUCAAGAAAGAAAUGUAGAAUAGUACAUCACAUAGUUGGUUUUUUGUGUCUUGUCUUUUUUGUGUUGUCCUUAUCACUUGUUUUAAUAUGUAUUUCUUGUCCUGUUCUUUAUCCACCGUCAAUGAUGCAAAGAUGAAAUGGGUUCGCCUCCUUCUCCUCAUUACUGUACUGAUUUUUUCUAACUUUUUCCUUUUUCUUUUUCAAUAAAGCUUAUAACAAUAAUAUAACCUCGAAAAAAAAAGAAUAGUUAGACACGUGCUUAGUAUUAGACACGUUGCUUGUAUAACAUAAUAUAAAAGAAUAUAAACUAAUAUAAUGGAUAUUCGAAAAAGAGAUAAGAAGAUACGAUUUAAACGCGAAGAGACAGAAAAAAUAAAUGAUCUUAUAAAACAGAGUGUUCGCUAACAGUUAUUUCGUAACAAUAGUAAGGUUUCAUUAUGUAUAUGUGAGAAAGGAUGUUACGAUAGACAAGUACAACAGCACGAAAGAUGUGCCGAUAAGGGGGGAUUUCGUGAAAGCGUUAUUUUCGAUAACGAAGCAAAUGUCUUUACAAGAAAGAGGAUAGAGAGUAUAUAUUUGUUAGUCAAUCAGACCUACAACAAAACAAUAAGCAUUGUCAUCAAUGGAGAGCAACAAAAGAAAAAAUGAAUUAAAAAAGAUAACAGUUUAAGGUAUAUAAAAGGACAAGAACAAAAAGCAAUAAGAGUAAGAUAGCAGCGAAUUUUGCCACUAACUGAUGGUGAAAACGACCGUUGCAAUGGUCGUGUAUUAUCAUAUCGUAAUGGAAGUAAUAACAUAGUACUAUUAUGUCGCGAAAUACAAUUUGUUGCGAAAAAUCCGUAUUUGAACCAUACAAUAACGUAGAAAUUGGAUUAUCUUUUUUCCUGCUGCUAAACAGCAUCCAAAGUUUAUAUGCUUUUUAUUUACGUACGAUAUAUGACUGUUAUAGUACUUCACAAAAGUAGCGACACCCUUGUAGCUCAAGAACCAUGAUAACUAGGGAGUUCUAAUUUUGUGUGAUCAUAGCUCUCACGAGCGCUGAUCAUCCACCAAGUUUGGACCUCUUUUACUGGAUGGUUCGCGAGAUAUAAGCGAUUUAUUUCUUUGCCGAAAAAUAUCUUAGAAGAAAACGUUUUCUUUUUACUAAAAUGUAGCCACGACUCUACUCUGUCUACAACAUGAAUUGGGCGAGUUGUUUGUUAGUAGUCAGUGAAAUACAGCUAUUUUACGGACGAGGAUUGCUUUUAUUUUUUUGAAAAUUCGAGGUCCUUUGCGAAAAUAUUUACAACUCAGUGUAGGAGCAUCAUUUUGACUUCACAUUCGCUCUACAGUAUCUGUAGAUUAUCUAGGUAAAUUAUGAAGGUUAACUAUUGUGUGGUUCUGGAAAUUUAUUGAGAACGGGCACCCACGAUUGAAACAUAUGUAGAAGCCAGGAUGAGAAACUAAAGGUCGCUCUUUCUACUAUAGAAUCUGCAUUCAAUGUACAUCAUAAUCAUGAAAAAAUAAUCACAGAAAUCUAUGGUUCAGAGAAACGUAUAUGAAACUUUUGUCCGAAAGAUUACACACUCACCUCUAACCUUCGCCAUUUCACUUAGUCCAUUUUUACUUAUAUUUUCCAGCAAAACUAAUAACAUAUUUGAGAUCAGCAGACAGACAAAACUGGAUCGAACAGCAUACUUAGCAUUCGGUUUUCAAACAAAAACACUUUAUUGAAAAUUUUCUGUUUAGGUUAAUAACGGGUGUGUAAUCUUUCGGACAAAUGUUUCACAUAUGUUUCUCCGAACCAUAGAUUUCUAUGAUUAUUUUUUCAUGAUUAGGAGGUACACUGGAUGCAGAUUCUAUAGUAGAAAAAGCACCUCUUACUUCCUCACCCUGCCACUUCUACAUAUGUUUCAAUCGUAGGUGCCCGUUCUCAAUAAUUUCCAACACCUCGAAUUUAUGAGUAGAAUUAUUUAACAACAAACGAGGAAAUGGCUCACCGCCUACCUUUUCAGUUCUUUUUCGAGCUUUGAUUCUGAUUGAACAACAACUGUGCGUAAUGCGAUUCGAAUCAAAUAAUGAGAAUGAUCCAUUCAUUCUUUUGUACGAACGAAAAUGAGCUCUUCAUGAUCUUUGUUCGUGCAGACUCUACACGGUAUCAUUAUUCUUAUUAUUAUUUAAAUUUCAGAUCAUCCAACAUGUCAUCGUCUAUUGUUGACGGCUAUGUUGCUUCCACAAAAGUUUCCCGUAAUGCCAUGUUCAAAUACAUUAACGAUCUCAAGGACAGUAUUCAACACAACUGAAUAUCCCGUUGACGUUCGAUUAUCCGCAAUGAAAGCAUUUCUCAAACUGGAACCAAAUGAGCAAGAAGCUCAAACAUUCAUUAUUAAUUUAGUUAACAGUGACAAUAUACCAAGACGAAUCAAAUCGCGUGUGUUAGGAUUUGUUAAUCAAUUGUGUCGCGAAAAUAAAUAUUCGAAAAAUAUUUUUUUCGAUAUAGCUACAGAACUAACUAAAACACAUCAUCCCGAGCAAUACAACAUUGAUUUUUACACACUUGCCUUUUGUUCUCCUUUACACGUUGAACAGCUGCUACAGCUAUGGGAAAUAAGACGUUUGGAUCAGUUACGGUUUUCACUCAGUGCCAGACUCAUCAAACGACAUCCUCAAAUUGUUUUGAAGCUACUGAACAAUGAGCUCGAAGAUAAAAUGAAACAACAACAGAAUUAUGAUGUUCUGGAAUUUUUUAAGGAAAAAGAAGAACAAUUUUCAGCAUUAUCCAAGUGUCAAGAUGCCUUGAUCUAUCAGCACAUUUGUCAAUAUGUUCUCGAUUUACUCAAAAAAUAUCCAAAACCAAGAAGAGAAAUGCCAUCAUUUUUGUCAACAAACAUGAGAAAAUAUUUUGAAACAGCUCCAGAACAGAUGAUAGACCUACUCAAAUUGCUUCUGCGUGAAAAUGGUUUGAUAUCAGGACACAAAUACAGUCAUGGAUAUUCAAGAGAAAUUCAAUUGAACCUGCCGCGUAGUUUAUCUGAAAAAUAUUACACUCAAAUAUUUAUGAUUCUGUAUGAGAAAAUGUCAGAUUUGAAUGAAGUGUUGAACACAUUUUUCGAGAAUCAAAAACACAAGAAUUUUUAUUCAAUCACCACUCGUCGGAAAUAUUUUUUUGAAAAUAUUGUUCAAAAACAAAUUGGAAUUGAUAAGUUUCUGAAAAAAUUGUAUUCACAUGCAUCAACAGACACACUCUCAAGGUUAGAAGAGUUUCCGCAGUUAACAUCACCGUUGAGCAAAUAUCUAUUAGCACGAAAAGAAAAAGAGGAGCCGGUUGAUGCCGUUGAUAAACUCACCUAUUUGAAAUACGAUUUCUUGGAACAGAACUUCGAUGAAUUUGUUAAGCUGAUGAAAGAGACAAAUGCUGAUGUAGAACAACGUGCCAAAAAUCUCUCCUCAUUACUCAAAUGUUCAAUUUGCACUCGACAAUUUGAAGAAAAAGUGUUGAAUUUGAUUGAAAAACGAUUGACAAACGAGCAACUAAUGGUUAUCGAAAAUCUCAUCCGGUCAUUUUCAGAGUUCAACGACUAUUUUCAUCUAAAUGUUCUAAUCAAAUAUCGUACAGUGUUUGAAUCAAUAUUUGCAUAUGCCUUCAAGCAUCAACAACGAACAUGGUCAACAUUGCAAGUCAUUUUCAGUUAUGCAUCUUUUCUAGUCGGUCGAUUUCAACAAUGUUCAUCGAAAGCAAUACAAACUGAAAUACUCAUGUUUGCCGGUACAUUGAUUAAACGUUGCUACGAAUCAAAUUUGGCACAAGGUGAAUUCACAGGUAGUGAACAAAAAGUAUUAAAAUCAUCUAAAGUGGCUCAACAAAUAUUGAUUGAUCAACUGAAAGAUCCACUUGAGAAAAUGAUGAAUAAAAAUGCCUAUUCUGAUAUCGAAAGUUUAAUUUCAUGCAUGUUUAUUGAACCAUGGUCUGUUCAGUUUGUUGAUGAAUUUCUCGAACGACUUUUCUUCACACAUUUGGCCAAUAAAGAGUCUAUGUUAACUAUGUUUUCCAUUGAUACAAAUGCAUCGCUAAUUGAAAUAUUUUUGAAAGAUAAAAAUAAAAGAUCGGAGCGAGUAAUACGUCUAUUAGAAUUAGAUAUUGCUUAUAUCUACGACAGUUGUGUCCAAAAAUGUUUAAUGUUAUCGAAAAACACCCAUUACAUCAAUUUUUUCAUACAAGAUGAAAAAUGCUUGACACUGGAUAAAUUAAAACAACUGAAUGGCGGCAAAGAAACAAAAUUAAUGCGUUUCAACGAUAAAAAGUUGCCAGGUUUUACCACCAUCGAUAAUCUUUUACUUUAUGCAAAUUGUCUUACCCAUGAGCAACAAUUGAAAGUCACAAAUAUGCUUCACAAUGAUUAUUUAGAAGAUGACGAUAUAUCUAUGUACGAAAAACUAAAUGCUAUCAAUGCUUUAAAGUGUCUCACAACUACCCAUUAUCUUACGUUAAAAUGGAGUGAAAAAGUCACAGCUGAUAAAACCACAACAGUCUCUGGUGAGGAACAAGCAGAAGAGGUAUCAACGAAAGACAAUGCUCGACAAAUAUUCGGUGCUCAAUCAUUUGAUAAUAUUGUUUUAUGUUUACCAGCCGGAUUGGAUCUGUUUAAAUCGGAUUUAUUGAAAAUAUUACAUCAUUUAAUGGAAAAACUCAAUUCAAGUAAUGCAAAAUAUGUAAGCGACGCAAUGCUGGUUAUAUCAAGAAAAAUAACUGAUAAAGAAUUUUUGGAUUUAUAUUUGAAAUUCAUCAAAAGUGAACAAUUUCCAAAACUAGGUAUAACAGCAAACAAAGAACUUCUUCGUAUACUCAUUGAAUAUCGUUUCGAUCGUACUCUGAUCGAUUAUGUUCUUCAUCCACUAUGGUUAUCGAAACCUCAUCAGGAUAUCCGUGUAUGCUGCAUUGCUAUUCUCAUCCAUUUUAUCGAAACAAAUUUUACAAAUGAAAAUAUGUGGGCUAUGCUAGAGCAAGCAGCUGUCAGUGAUGAAUAUGGAAAAGUUCACGAUGAACUUCUGUUGAAUGGUGGAUCUCCGAUGAAACGACGUUACCGAAGGAAAAGUCCUACAUCAUCGCAGAAAAUUCGACAACCUGAGAAACGGAAAAUGUUUGUGCAGCGCGUUCAAAUGAAAAUUUUAGAUCAUCCAUCAUUAAUUAUUUGUCAAAAAGGCUGGCAACUAAUUGAUCAUGAACACUGUGAUCAGGAUCAGUUGGUCAAUAAAGCUGUUCCGAUAUGUCAAACAUUUGAUAAGAUAGGCAAUACAUUGACUCAACAGGCAUUUGCACGAAUACUAACCUGUUGUAAAAUGAAUUCAUCAUACAUAUCGAGAGUUAUUCAACUAUUGAAUGAACUUAUGACAAACGAAAAAUAUAAACAAAUUGAUCGCGAUCAAAAUGCUCUCGAUGAUUAUCACGAUCUGCCUGUUUAUCAUCGUAUCGAUGAUUUAAUCUCAUCUAUCAUUGCUGACAUCAAACACUAUCGAAACGAUGAUCAAAUCAUUCAGCAAAUGAAACAAUUUUCACAAGAUGUACUGAAAUAUAACAAGGCACUUGCUAAACGCACUGGUGAACUUUUACUAAAUCUAGUCAACAGUAAAAAUAUUAAGCAAGAUCUUAUAGCCAUAAUUGAGUUUUUCAAACAAUAUUUGACGAAUGAAACGUAUCGAACUAAAGUUCUCGAUGGUUUAUCGCGACUUGUGGAGGAUGCACCGUUCAUCGAAGAAUUAAAUAUCGACCAAAAGCUGUCGCUAUGUCAGGAUUUAAUUACAAGUGAUGAUCAAUCCUCGUAUCAAACACUACUGAUAUUUGAUUAUUUCACGAGUCAUGUGUUAUCAGAACAAUCAGUUAAUAAAGAUAAAUGUCGUGAAUUACUUCGUCAGGUGAGAGCAAGUGAAAAUAUGGUGGUAAACGAAAAGGCCAUGUCCUACAAGUAUAAGCAAAACAAUACAGAUCAGGAUAAUGGUGAGGCAAGCGUAUAUGAAGAUAGUCAUGAUCGACAAAUGGAUGAAGAUAGUUCCUCAAUCUCAUCAUCUCAAAUGUCUUAA